UACACACAGGGGCAGCUUUAAAGAGGUGGUGUUUAUAAAGUCACACUUUUUUGCCAUUCUGGGGUCAGUCACUUUUCACUGCUGUGUGUCAACAGGAGCUGCCUGGAAACAUCAACCCCAGUGCAGGGUGCCAGAGGUACGUGGAGCUAAGAGGAGCAAAUGAAGGACCAGAAGCAGCAGACCUACUGGCAGGAGACAGGCCGAUGGAAGGGCUACGAGGAGAGCUUCGACCCCCAGACCGGGGUGUGGGUGUCUUCGAGCAUCUCCUACCUCACCUUCAAAAGCCUCAUCCAGCUCCGACGCACCAUGAACACAGGCGUGACAGUUUUCGACUGUGAAGAGCAGACACUGUCUAGCAUUGCGGAGAAGAUGGUCAAAGAGAUGGUUAACAAGAAGGCGAUCAGACCUGAAGACCGGGAAGGAGUGCUGAAAUCUCUGCUUCAAAACCGCAGCCAAUCAGAUGACCCGGAGAGCCAAGCCCUGACGGAUGGGGUGGACCUGCAAAAGAUUUCUGUCAAGGACAAGAGGAAUGAAUCUGACGGUGUUGAGGCCUCCAUGGUGCUAGUAGGAGCAUUGGACUUUCUGGAGAGGCCCACAGUCGCGUUUGUGCGUCUGAAGGAAGCGGUGGUGCUCGACUCUGCCUUGGAGGCCCCAGUGCCUGUACGCUUUGUCUUCGCUCUGGUUGGCCCCACCGAGACUGAAAUGGACUACCGCGAGACUGGCCGCGCAAUGGCAGCACUAAUGGCUGACAAAGUGUUCAAUCAGGCAGCGUUUCAGGCAAGGAGCACCAUUGAGCUGAAGUAUGCCAUGGACGACUUCAUGGACUGCAGCAUCGUCAUCCCGCCUACAGAGAUCCAGAACGAAGCGAUGCUUAGCUCCAUUAUCAAUUUUCAGAAGAAGCUGCUGCAGGAUAGAUCCCAGUCCUCUGGUCCCAUGCCCCGCCGGGACUCCAGACCUCGCAGGGUUUCCAUCUUCACUGGUCCCCCACCUGAAGACCCCCUGUCCCGUACUGGUCGACCAUUUGGCGGGAUGAUUCGAGACAUAAAGAGGCGCUACCAGUACUACAAGAGUGACAUCACAGAUGCUCUUAACGCCCAGGUCCUUGCUGCCGUCAUCUUCAUCUACUUUGCCGCCCUCUCACCCUCCAUCACCUUUGGGGGACUUCUUGCUGAUAAGGUGGACAACAUGAUGGGAGUUUCAGAGCUCCUCAUUUCCACCAGCAUUCAGGGAAUUAUCUUCUGCUUCGUUGCUGCUCAGCCCAUCCUGGUCAUUGGUUUCUCCGGCCCUCUGUUAGUGUUUGAGGAGGCCUUCUUUGCAUUCUGCAAGUCCCAGGAAAUUGAGUAUAUUGUGGGGAGAGUGUGGGUUGGAGUCUGGCUGGUCGUCAUUGUGGUGAUCAUUGUAGCCUUUGAGGGGAGCUUCCUGGUGCGUUUCAUCUCCCGCUUCACCCAGGAAAUAUUCUCCAUCCUCAUCUCCCUCAUCUUCAUCUAUGAAACUUUUGCCAAGCUAGGGAGGAUCUUUAAGGCUCAUCCACUGACUCUGAAUUACGAUCAUCUGAAUGCAACUCUAGAAAAUCCCUGGCACCCAAAAGUGGAAGAGCGGGUCCUGUUUGACAAUGUUACUGGCAACGCCACUAUUAUUGUCAAAACUAUUAAGCCACCUUAUCCCAACACAGCACUGCUCUCCAUGUGCCUAAUGUUUGGAUGUUUCUUAAUUGCUUUCUUCUUGCGCCAGUUCAAGAAUGGCACUUUUCUUCCUGGGAAGGUCAGACGUUUGCUUGGUGACUUUGGUGUGCCCAUUGCCAUUUUCCUCAUGGUUGUUGUGGACUACAACAUUGAUGACACCUACACUCAGAAACUAGUGGUUCCCAAAGGUCUGAUGGUGUCCAACCCAGCCAAAAGAGGCUGGCUCAUCAACCCCUUUGGAGAGCACAAGACACUACCCGUGUGGGUGAUGUUUGCUUGCUGUGUCCCUGCCUUGCUUGUCUUCAUUCUGAUCUUUCUGGAGUCUCAGAUCACAACUCUGAUUGUGAGUAAGCCUGAGAGGAAGAUGGUCAAAGGAUCUGGGUUCCACUUCGACUUGCUGGUUUUGGUCGGCAUGGGAGGGCUCAGUGCAAUAUUUGGUGUGCCGUGGCUCAGUGCGGCCACAGUGCGCUCUGUCACCCACGCCAACGCCCUCACCGUCAUGAGCAAAGGACCAAAGCCUGUAAUUGAGAAGGUGAUGGAGCAGAGGGUCAGUGGCAUUUUGGUGGCGUUUCUUGUUGGGUUGUCGAUUCUGAUAGAGCCAAUCCUAAAGAUGAUUCCCAUGUCGGCCUUGUUUGGGAUCUUUCUCUACAUGGGAGUAACGUCACUCAAUGGCAUCCAGCUGUGGGAUCGUAUACUGCUCCUGCUCAUCCCUAAGAAAUACCACCCUGAAACCUACGCCACCAGAGUGAGCACAGGACGAAUGCACUUGUUCACAGCCAUCCAGGUAGUGUGCCUUGCAGUUUUGUGGAUUGUUAAGUCCAGUCCCGUAUCCCUAGCACUUCCCUUCAUACUCAUCCUCACCAUCCCUCUACGCAUGUUUAUGACCGGGCGUCUCUUCACUGAACAGGAAAUGAAAUGUUUGGAUGGUGACGAUGCCAAAGUGACAUUCGAGGAGGAGCCGGGGCAGGAUGUAUACUGUGAAUCUCAGAUGCCAUUGUAGAUGUCUUCCAUGUUAGCUCAUGCCAGCAAUACUUUUAUUUUGACAAAAAUAUAUUCAUUUUAUGUGGCUCAAAUGACUGUUUCAUCCACCUAUAAAAACAUGUUUUGAGUGUUUUGUUAUUAUGCAGGAUCUCAAUUCUAUCUUUACAUUGUCACUAUGGGUGAAUAUUAAUAUCUUGUAAAAAAUGUCUUGGUCAAACAUUCUGAAGGGUUUUCAACAGUCACUCAGGUAAAUUAUUUGAAAUAUGUUGUUUUGUUUCUAACAGCUUGUGCUUUUUACACCACUGACGCUAAAAAAUAAUUAUAUAAAAUUGACUUGUUUUUACAAAAAAGAAAGAGGCACUGUGUGAAAU